GGACGAGUGUUGACCUGCGUAAUCACCUGCUUCUUUGGACGAUCAAUGUGCGAAAUAGCACCUCGUAGCCUGCUGCCGAUAUCACUGGGGUCGAUUAGAAAACAGUGUAGACGCGGCAGGCUCGUUGAACUCCCCAACUCGGACCAUUUGGUCACGGUAGGCCAGGAACAGAAUAUUGCCGGCUUGGGGACUGAGACAGAGUAUCAAAGGUACAAGAGAUCAUGAUCCACUCAGUGAUUCAGCUCGAGG